CGCCCUAAUGCGCGUUUUUUCGUUCACAUCUCGCGAUGAUUGCUGAGCAGUGGCGUUGUUCGGGCGAGCCGACGACGAGACUGUAGCUGUCUGGAAAUUUGUCUCGUGUUACAUUCAAACGUAUUCUUCAUAUCAUACAUUUUUCUACGUCCGACAAGUUAAUCGUUACGCAUUUUAACACACGUCAUUGUUAGUGUCCUGAAUUAGACUGGAGAAUGGCUGCCGCUGAGGUGAACGGUAGUUCUGCCCCGGCCAAGGAGGAAGAAGAGCCCAUGGAUGUGACAACAACACACACAGAGAACUACCAGACACUCAUUGAUGCUGGGCUACCCCAGAAAGUGGCUGAAAGUCUAGAUAACAUUUUCCAGACAGGCUUGGUGGCAUAUGUUGACCUAGACGAAAGGGCAAUUGAUGCACUGCGGGAGUUCAAUGAGGAGGGAGCGCUUACUGUGUUGCAGCAAUUCAAAGAGAGUGACCUGUCCCAUGUACAGAAUAAAAGUGCUUUCCUUUGUGGAGUCAUGAAGACUUACAGACAGAGAGAAAAACAAGGAAGUAAAGUGCAAGAGUCCACCAAGGGCCCAGAUGAGGUGAAAAUAAAGGCUCUAUUGGAGCGGACAGGAUACACCCUGGAUGUCACCACCGGGCAGAGAAAAUAUGGAGGUCCCCCACCUGAUGACGUGUUCAAAGGAACACAACCAGGGAUUGGAACUGAGGUGUUUGUCGGAAAAAUUCCAAGGGAUUUGUAUGAAGAUGAGCUUGUGCCGCUCUUUGAGUCUGCUGGUCCCAUCUGGGAUCUUAGGUUAAUGAUGGAUCCUCUCUCUGGUCAAAAUAGAGGUUAUGCCUUCAUCACAUACUGCAAUAAGGACGAUGCCCAAAAGGCUGUGAAGCUGUGUGAUAACCAUGAAAUCCGCCCUGGCAAGUACUUAGGAGUGUGUAUAUCUGUUGCAAACAAUCGCCUGUUUGUCGGAUCAAUUCCAAAGAACAAGACAAGAGAAAGUAUAUUGGAAGACUUUGGCAAAGUUACAGAGGGUCUCCAAGAGGUGAUAUUAUACCACCAGCCAGACGACAAGAAGAAGAACCGUGGCUUCUGUUUCCUGGAGUACGAGGACCACAAGUCCGCAGCACAGGCCCGCCGCCGCCUAAUGAGUGGCAAGGUCAAGGUGUGGGGGAACCCAGUCACUGUAGAGUGGGCUGACCCUGUUGCUGAGCCAGACCCGGAGGUCAUGGCCAAGGUCAAGGUGCUCUUUGUAAGGAAGCUGGCUACAGCAGUGACUGAAGAGCUUCUUGAAAAGGCGUUCUCUCAGUUUGGAAAGCUGGAACGAGUGAAGAAAUUGAAAGACUACGCUUUUGUCCAUUUUGAAGAAAGGGAUGCUGCCGUAAAGGCAAUGGAUGAGAUGAACGGGAAGGAGCUAGGAGGAGAGGAAAUUGAGAUCGUCCUGGCAAAGCCCCCAGACAAGAAGAGGAAAGAGCGUCAAGCAGCUCGGCAGACCACUAGGAAUACAGGGUAUGAUGACUACUACUACUACCCACCUCCACGCAUGCCUCCACCAGGCCGAGGCAGGGGUCGCGGAGGCCGAGGGGGCUAUGCCUAUCCACCAGAUUACUAUGGAUAUGAAGACUACUAUGAUGACUACUAUGGCUACGACUAUCAUGACUACCGUGGUGGCUAUGAAGACCCUUACUACGGCUACGAAGAUGUGUACAGCAUGAGGGGCCGUGGUACUCGUCCCAGCAGGGGUGGGCCUCCUCCACCUAGGUCUCGUGGAGCGCCACCGGCACGAGGCCGGGGCGGCUACGCCCAAAGAGGGCCGCCCCUCGGUGGUCCGAGGGGUGGCCGAGGAGGGCGGGGAGCCCCUUUCCAGCCGCAGAGGGGCCGCGGUCCUCGCGGGGCCAGGGGCAAUCGCGGGGGUAACGUCGGCGGAAAGAGGAAGGCAGACGUGUUUAACCAGCCUGACUCCAAGCGCCGCCAGACCAACAACCAACAGAACUGGGGGUCCCAGCCCAUCGCCCAGCAGCCCCUGCAGCAAGGGGCCGACUAUUCCGGUGGAGAAGCAUUGAGAGCGGCACCACUAGAAUGAGGAACUCACCUGAACGGUACUCAAGGGCUAAGGAGAACACAAGUCACUAAAGUUGACUGAAGAAUCAUUGGAAAUAUUCAAAUUAAUUGUGUUACCAGCAUGUUUCUGGGGUUUAGAGAACACAUGAGCAGUGCAUAUAUCCUUCACAGACAAAGUGCAUAUUGUUCCCCUUAAGCCAAAAGUCAUGCACAAUUUAAAGAGCCAAAUGUCUGUUUCAUUAGACUGGAUUAAACAGCCAGAAGGAUUUGGUAAGCGCUAUAAACCCCAAAACCCUGCAAACACCUGUUGCCUGUCAUUGCUUACUGCACCAAAAUCACCUCAGCUGUCUGCACACAUUCUGUGAAUGGAGGAUGGUGGUGGUGGACAUUUCCUCUCCUACACCGCUAGAGGUAGCAAUUCCACACCAGCACAACUAGUCCAUUGUUCCUUUUAACCGACGCUGCAUUUAUUUGCCAUUUUCUGAGCUGCAAAGGUGUUAAUUAACAGGUAGAUAUUAACUAGAGGAGCUGUUUUUCAAAUGUAUUCAAAUAGCAGUGGGGGUACUGAAUUAAAUAUUGGUAGAAUUGGCUGAUGUUGGAACAAUGGCUGUGCCGCAUAACUGAUGUCUGUACUCUUCAGUGCCACAAGAUGGCAGUAGAUGGGCCACAGUAUUUAUAUUGUACAGGUAAGACUGAAAUAGGGAGCACAGUUUUACAGCAGAAAGCUAAUUGUAUCAAUUGACACAUUUUGGUUUGCAUUGAAGUGCCAUCAAAUGCAGGAGUGUCCUUUUACAUUUUCUCAUCAGAACUGUGUCUUUAUAUGUUGCCUCUUGUCACCAGGCAGUAAAGGAGCUGCCCCCGUCCAUGUGAAUGAGUUCACACAAAUGGAAGGGACUGAUUGUUCGGAGUCAGGAGACUGUUCUCCACAAGCUGCGAGCCAGACCCAUCACAGGGUUUCACAUCCCUCAGAAUGAACUACUUAAUGGACCGUACACUUGAGGUCCAGUACUCAUGGGAACACUAGCUGGCUACCCUGUUUACAGCUCUGCAGAAGGCACAGAAGCGUAGGAGGAUACAGUUGAUGGACAUGUCAUGAUCCAGAGCUCCACCCAGCAGACCGCAGCUUCCUUAUCCAGCUUAAAGAACUAUUACUGUAAAGGGAAAUGAUCUGUUGCUCUUGAUUGUUCAAUACAUUUUAUUACCAAAGUAAA